AUGGCCACAACCACUCCUCUUCUCCGCCAAAAGGCCCUCGGCUACUCCCUCCUCCUCUUCUCCUGGCUCUGGCACGCCCUCUUCGCUGCCGGCUUCGUCUUCUUCUCCGUCUGGUCCCUCAAAGGCGCCUUCCACACCUUUGACGACAAGUUCCGCGCCCUGCCCAACACCAAGACCCAGGCCGUCGUCAUGUCUAUCUUCUUCCUCGCCUACACCUUCUUCCACAUCGCCGCCGUCUUCCCCAACUUCUCCUGGAUCACCGCCUGCGAGGUGGACGUCGAGCAGGCCGGUCGGGUGCAGGGCAAGGCUCGGGUGUAUGGCGUCGCGAAGGAGGCUGGGCACCUGUGCCGUGCGGCCCGCUACCUGAUUGUUUUCCGAAUUGUCACUUCUCUAAUCAAUGGCGUUCUGUUUGCUGUUGUCUGGAGGUGGCUUGAUCGGUUCCGUGCCAAUGGCGACAGUGAGAACGCUCCGUACUGCAUCGCGACCAUGGUUGUGGUGGUGAUUGAGUCUGUGGAGAGCUUUCUCAGCGCCGCCAUUUUCUGGAUCCCGAAGAUUGUUCAGACUGCGUGA